AUGAAAUGUGAUGAGAACGACAUGUAUCAAGGUAUAAACAGUGACAGCUCUGACGAAGGUACCCAACGACACGUGAAAGGAAAACAACCCCCAAAAUCCUGCGGUGCAGUACCUUCACCUCCCAAAGUUUCGCCAGCUACAAGUCAAUAUUAUCCUAAAAGUCUUAUGUUAAAUAUUAUGUUAAAAAUGGGUAAGGUUGUAGACAAGAAAAGUACGACUGUUAUCACUCUCCAUUCCUUCAAUAUCGAGUUGAUGGCUUGGAACAAAAUCCCCACCACAGUUGAAUUUGUUGUUGAUGAACAGGAACUGGGAUCCGGGGGAUUCCGUACAGCAUUUAAAGCAACAACCCAACACCCUAUGUAUGCUAAUACCACUUGGGUUGUAAAGCGAUACUUGCCCGAAGCAAAGGUUUUAAUUCAAGAAACGAAUCAAAACAUUGAGGCACACACAAAGAAAGCAGUGCAGAUGCAUGUUUUAGCACGGAAUUUCGCACGUCAACUUAAGAGGGUCAUGGCAUCAUCAGUGGAUAGCCAGUAUGGUCCAUCUCUUCAGUAUAAUAAAGUAUAUUUUGGGAUGACCGAUGGUAAUGAAUGUGUUACUGUGGAAGAGUAUGUUGAUGGCAAAUUUAUCAAGUAUAUUAACAACGAUGGCAUCUCUUGUGUUGAGCAAUCAGAUGAUAUGUGCCAAAAGGCACAUUGCCUUGCUCAUUUUUCUUACGAAAG